AUGCAAAACAAUACCUAUUUUUCAUACUGGUUGGCAUUUGUUGCCUUGUUUAGAGGAUUUUCAAUUAUUACUGGUUAUGUUAAACCAUCUAUUUUGACCAAGAAUGUAUACAGUAAGAAGAAGGAACCUUUUGAUCCACUCUUCGGAAGAAUGUUUGCUAAUUGGACUGGUGGUAGUAUUUCUGCUUGUUUGAUUUUGGCCAUGUUCCCACAAUCACUUCCAAUGCACUAUAUGAAUGCAUCUGCUUUUGCUAUUGCUCUUGGUCACGCUCUUUUGGAAUUUGGACAUUUCAAGACUAUGACUUUUGUUAAUGCUGCUCCAAUGUUCUUCUUUGCUGGAGGCACAUUGUCUUGGACCAUGUAUCGUAUUAUGAAUGCUGAUAUCCAUUAA